AGCUCAGGCCGCGGAGUCGGAGGCGGAGGCAGCAGCGUGGGGAUGUCGGACGCCGAAAUAUGUGAGGUGCUUGGGAUCUCUGGAGUCGACAGUCCGCAGCAACUGCCUUCGGAGGCUGUGGGCGAGUCGCGGCGAGAACUACACCCGCCGGAGCCGGAGAAGCAGCAGUCUCACAGCAGCAGCUCCAAUGGCGUUAAAAUGGAGAAUGAAGAAUCAGGAAAAGAUGAGAAAUCUGAUUUAAAAGAAAAGUCUUCAGGAAAUAAGAAGGCAAAUCGAUUUCAUCCUUAUUCAAAAGACAAGAAUUCAGGCACUGGAGAAAAAAAGGGCCCAAAUCGUAACAGAGUUUUCAUUAGCAACAUCCCCUAUGACAUGAAAUGGCAAGCUAUUAAAGAUCUAAUGAGAGAAAAAGUUGGUGAGGUUACAUACGUGGAGCUCUUUAAGGAUGCGGAAGGAAAAUCAAGGGGUUGUGGUGUGGUUGAAUUCAAAGAUGAAGAAUUUGUAAAGAAAGCACUAGAAAUUAUGAACAAAUAUGAUCUUAGUGGAAGACCUUUGAAUAUUAAGGAGGAUCCCGAUGGAGAAAAUGCCCGUAGGGCACUGCAACGAACAGGAGGAUCAUCGUUUACAGGAGGACAUGUUUCUGAUAUGGGAUCAGGGUUGGUGAAUUUACCACCAUCCAUUCUCAAUAAUCCAAACAUUCCUCCUGAAGUUAUCAGCAAUUUACAGGCCGGUAGACUUGGUUCCACAAUUUUUGUUGCUAAUCUUGACUUUAAAGUUGGUUGGAAGAAGCUAAAGGAAGUAUUCAGCAUAGCUGGAACCGUAAAGCGGGCAGACAUUAAAGAAGAUAAAGAUGGCAAGAGCAGAGGAAUGGGCACAGUCACUUUUGAACAAGCAAUUGAAGCAGUUCAAGCAAUUUCUAUGUUCAAUGGACAAUUUCUAUUUGAUAGACCAAUGCACGUGAAAAUGGAUGAUAAAUCUGUUCCACAUGAAGACUACCGCUCACAUGAUAGUAAGACACCACAAUUACCACGUGGUCUUGGAGGCAUUGGAAUGGGACUUGGUCCAGGUGGACAACCUAUUAGUGCCAGUCAGUUGAACAUAGGUGGUGUAAUGGGAAAUUUAGGUCCAAGUGGUAAGAGAAUGGUUGGACCAGGUUUUGGAAGAAUGAAUUCCAUAGGAAUUGGAUUUGGUGGACUGGAAGCAAUGAAUAGCAUGGGAGGAUUUGGAGGAGUUGGCCGAAUGGGAGAGCUAUACCGUGGUGCAGUGACUACUAGCAUGGAGAGAGACUUUGGACGUGGUGAUAUUGGAAUAAACCGAGGUUUUGGAGAUUCCUUUGGUAGACUUGGUGGUGGAAUGGGUGGCAUGAACAGCAUGACUGGAGGAAUCGGGAUGGGACUGGACCGAAUGAGUUCCAGCUUUGACAGAAUGGGACCAGGAAUAGGAGCUGUACUGGAAAGGAGCAUCGAUAUGGAUCGAGGAUUUUUAUCAGGUCCAAUGGGAAGUGGAAUGAGAGACAGAAUAGGUUCCAAAGGCAACCAGAUAUUUGUCAGAAACCUGCCUUUUGACUUGACUUGGCAGAAACUAAAAGAGAAAUUCAGUCAAUGUGGUCAUGUCAUGUUUGCAGAAAUCAAAAUGGAGAAUGGGAAGUCAAAAGGCUGUGGAACAGUCAGAUUUGAUUCCCCAGAAUCAGCUGAAAAAGCUUGCAGAAUAAUGAAUGGCAUUAAAAUCAGUGGCAGAGAAAUUGAUGUUUGCUUAGAUCAUAAUGCAUAA